AUGGAAUCGUACGAUCAAAACGAAGAUGUGGAAGCAAUUCACAAUUCAAAACAACACGGUCUAUCUCGACAUUCUACCGAAGAUUGUGGAGAAGUACAACAAUACAAAACACAGAUCGAUUCGCAUGACCCCACAGAGGCUUCCAAGAAGAAGAAUGAGAAUGCUGUCUAUUUGAAACUGUACGGUGAAGAGUUGAGCGAAAUGCGAGACAAACCAAAGUUUGCGGUUGGCGAUCACGUUCGAAUUUCCAAAUACAAGCGUAAACUGUUCGAUAAGGGAUACACGCCGAAUUGGUCUGAAGAGAUUUUCGUCGUUGACGAGAUACAUUACUCCAAACCCAUCACUUAUAAGUUGAAGGAUCUUCUGGGAGAAGAAAUCAAAGGCACUUUCUAUCAACAGGAGAUGAUCAAAGCGAAGCAAUCAGACCUUUUCAGAAUUGAGAAGGUCAUUCGAAAGAGUAAAGGAAAGGCUCUCGUAAAGUGGAGCGGUUACCCAGAAAAAUUCAAUUCGUGGGUUGAUGAAAGCGAACUUCAGAAGUUAUGA